AUGUCGCAAGCUGAAUCCAACAUUAAGGCCCUGAUUUCUACUUUACAAACCGACUUUGUCAAGAACUUUACGUCUAGCGAAAAACUACACCGUUUAAAACCAAAGAUAAAACUUCAAGACUCAGAUCCCAUCACUGAACUAAAGAAACUUUCUCAAAUCCUGAAAGCUCAUGCGACUAAGAUUGGAAUCAUUCUACAUCCUGACAAAUUCUACAACAACCUAGAUGCUGUUUUUAAAGAAAUACAGUCACUGGCUAAUUCUAUCUUCUUUCUGAUAAGUUUAAUUCCGCUAUUCUACCAGGAAGAAUAUCCAGAGUAUUUCACAAGCCUACUAGAUGCUAAUGUCUUGAGUCUUCUAAAUGGCGUGGGAGGUCUUUGUGAGGAGCUAAACCAGCUUCUAUCUGCGCCUUCGGAUCAACAGAAUGCUUCAGCUUCAGAUGACAGCGCCAGUGCAAGGUUGGUGCCAAUUGGUAAAAUAUGGGCUGUCUGCGAUCAGACGUUGGAGCUUAGCGACAUGGGUGAACUGGGGCUAUUGAAUAAGAAAAUAAAAGUCAGUUCGAAGCUUGUUAGUGACACAUUGACCGAACUAGAAGAAUGGCUUGCAGAGCCCCGGAUAGAAACCGAUGAUCCCUUCGGUCUAGAAAGUGAUUCAGAAGAAGAAGAACAAGGAGAGGAAGAAGACACUGAAACCCAGGAAGUACCACCGAAAAUGAUACAAUUCGUACAGGAAUGGCAGACAAAGUUGAAAAUGAUUCGUCUCUUGCUCCAAUCGUUUUCGAAAUCCAUUGCAUCGAACGACUACAAAAAUAAAAAGCCUACUUCGUUGCAACUCGAUCGACUCAACGCCCUACAUGGACGUAUUGUGGCCGAGGUCGACGAACUGAUAUCAUCCACGUUCAUGGGUGGUCAGGAUUUCGAUUCUCAAGAUGAGGAGAUCACACAGCUGGCCGGUCAGGUUGACCUCGCUGUUCGCGAAAUGGUCAAAAUCAUCAAGGAUGUGAAUAAAAAUGACGAGAAAAAGGGCAAAUGGAUACAAGUCUGGGAUAACAAGUACUUCAGCUAG